CACACACACACACACACACAGUGAUAUUGAUAGCAGUCGCAGAUAUUGGUUUUGGGCUUGAAUGGCGGCCCCGGAGAACGCGACAGGAUCGAGUCUGCGUCUCGCCUUUGGAAAUGUUCUCUCAUUCUUCAUUUUGCUUCUGAUCGGUGUUCUAGCAUUUUCGAUCCGACUCUUCUCAGUCAUUAAGUACGAGAGGGUUAUUCAUGAGUUCGAUCCUUAUUUCAAUUACAGAGUUACUCAGUAUCUUGCAAAGAAUGGGAUAUAUGACUUUUGGAAUUGGUUUGAUGAUCGGACCUGGUAUCCGCUUGGGCGUGUGAUUGGUGGAACUGUUUACCCUGGAUUGACGUUGACGGCAGGCACCUUGUGGUGGAUACUGAAUUCUUUAAACAUUCCUCUAUCUGUGGAGACUGUUUGUGUAUUUACUGCUCCAACAUUCUCUGCUAUUGCUGCUUGGGCUACUUUCCUUUUGACGAAGGAAGUUAAGGGCACCGGUGCUGGACUGACUGCUGCAGCUCUUUUGGCCAUGGUUCCAUCCUAUAUAUCUCGCUCUGUGGCUGGCAGCUAUGACAAUGAAGCUGUUGCUAUAUUUGCUUUGAUCUUCACUUUUUAUCUCUAUAUAAAGACACUGAACACUGGAUCCCUCUUUUAUGCUACUUUAAAUGCGAUAGCAUACUUUUACUGGUCGCUAUUCCUCUCGGCUGUACAUUGCAUAUGCUCCACUUGUAAGUAUGUGGUGCAUUGAAGGAAGUUGAAUUAUAUUCUAAAACAGUUUUAGAGUAUCCAUUUAUCAUGAAAGAUUAGAAAAUACUUGGGAUUACUUUUUAGAAUCUUGGCUAUAUAAGGAUAGACUUUAAACAUGUUUACUUUUUAUUA